AUGGCAGAUGCUGCCAAUCCCCCCAGCAAGCGACCGCACUCGGCUGUCGAUGCAGACGAGAAUGGCGCCGACGACUCCUCCGACGAUGACUUCGGUCCUGCGCUGCCCUCCGAGGUAGCUCCCAAAAAGAAGCGACGGAAGCUGCCCUUUGAGAAAAUCUAUGUGAAGGCACUGCCAGCCUCGGCGCGGUACUCCAAGUCGCUCAUGCACAAGGAGCAAUUGUCCUUCGCGACAGUCACGCCAUUCACCGACUUUGUGAUCACCAGCUCUGUGGACGGGGUGGUCAAGUUUUGGAAGAAGAUGGCUGAGGGGAUCGAGUUCGUCAAGGAGUUUCGCGCGCAUCCUGGCGAAAUUCGGAGUGUCAGCGUCAGCGCCGACGGCCGCAGUUUUGCGACCGCCGGAGCUGAUAAGACGGUCAAGAUUUUCGAUGUGAUUACUUUCGAUCUUCUGUCCAUGUAUACGCUCGAGUUCAUGCCGCGGUGUGUCUGCUGGGUACACCGGCGCGGAGCUUCUCUGCCGCUGUUGGCAGUGACCGAUGAAUCGAGCAGUACAGUGCAGGUGUUUGAUGGCCGCGGCGAGAACCCCCAACCUCUCCACACCGUGACCACCAUUCACCGCAGCCCCGUGGUGUCGUUGGCCUUUAACAACGCAUACGACUGCGUCGUCUCAGCGGACGAGUCCGGAAUGAUCGAGUACUGGCGUGCCGGGGACGGAUCAUUUGAGAAACCAGACAAUGUCUUCGACUUGAAGUCAUCAACAAAUUUGUUUGCGUUCAAAAAGGCCAAAUCUACGCCCACAGCCAUCACGAUCUCACCGUCCGGUGACCAAUUCGCCACGGUUUCAUUCCCAGACCGCCAGGUGCGCGUAUUCGACUUUGCGACGGGAAAGCUUUACCGUACCUACGACGAGUCGCUGGCAACAAUCACGGAUAUGCAACAGGCCGGGACUGCGCCGUACACUCUGGACGCGGUGGAAUUCGGGCGGAGGCUCGGAGUCGAACGGGAACUUGAAGGAGGAUCGACACGCAACAAGGUCAAUGUCAUAUUUGACGAGUCCGGCCACUUUUUGAUGUACGGGUCGUUGUACGGGAUCAAGUGCAUCAAUACGUACACGAACCGUGUGGUGCGGGUUUACGGACGUGAAGAGCCCUUCCGUGCUUUGAACCUGGCCCUCUAUCAGGGCCAGCCGCAGCGGAAAGGAGUGGUGACGGUCUCAAUGGCUGCCAGCAGCAACCCACUUCUCCAGGAAGCGGAAGAGCGCGAUCCAAUUCUCGUGUCUACGGGAUUCGCCAAGUUGCGCUUCUACAUGUUCACCAACGAAACAGACAUUUCACGGUCGAGUCGCGACGUCCAGAACGAGAAACCCACACAGGCCGCUGGCGGCACCGGUGCGGCCGCGGCCAAGACGGGCGAGAGUGGUACGGCUGCCAUUCUGCACACGACGAUGGGCGAUAUCCAUCUGCGCCUGUUCCCUUCUGCCGCCCCGCGGACAGUCGAGAACUUUGUGACGCACGCGCGGAAGGGCUAUUACAACAACACGAUUUUCCACCGGGUGAUUCGCAAGUUCAUGAUCCAGGGUGGCGACCCUCAAGGUGACGGGACAGGCGGCGAGUCCAUCUGGGGCGGGGAGUUUGCGGACGAGUUCUCGAGUUUGAAACACGACAAGCCCUACACACUCUCGAUGGCCAAUGCGGGGCCGAACACGAAUGGUAGUCAGUUCUUCAUCACGACGGAGAAGACACCGUGGCUGGACAACAAGCAUACCGUUUUUGGUCGUGCGGUCCAGGGUCUGGACAUUGUGCACAAGAUCGAGAACGUCAAAACCAAAGACGAGAAGCCCGAGGUCGACAUCAAGAUCGUCAGCAUCUCCAUCUCUUGA